AUGUCUUCUCUUUUUGAAAGUUCUGGAGACUUGGUACGCCGGUCAUGUUCUGAUCAAAUCACUUUCAAUGGUAAACUUGGGCUGCGCAUUUCUUCAGUCCCUGUGAUAUUCGUGACCUCAUUAAUUGGAGUCAUGUUUCCAUUGGUUUCCUCAAAAGUCAAAAGAAUUAAAAUGCCUAUGUUAGUUUACUUUUUUGCAAAAUAUUUUGGCAGUGGAGUUAUUGUUGGAACCUCCUUUGUGCAUUUGUUAUUUGAAGCCGUCAUGUCACUUUCCAAUAGCUGUCUUCCUCUACCCUUCCAACAAUACCCCUACUCGAUAGCCAUUGCAUUGGUAAGCAUGUUUUUUACAUUUUGGAUCGAAAUCACAACCAGAUAUAUAAUCCGCAAACGAAACGGUGGUGAGGAUAUCCCACACACACACGGACCUUCUGGUCUUGCAAGUCAGAAUCAUGAUGAGGAGAUGGGUAUGACUGAAAUAACUCGUGAUGUUGAAAACAAUUGCACUUGUGAGGAUACAAGUUAUGAUGAUGAGCCCUGUAAGCGAGAAACAAUCGAGACAUUGCCGGAACCCAUUCAAGAAACAGUCACAAGUACUACUAGUAACAACAAAGAGCCCGAGUCAGUCGAUGCCAAGACCCUUUUAAAGCUCCACCAGACAGCCACCAUAAACGUCAAAGCACGCCUAAGCUCGCAAGUGGCAACCAUUUGUUUGCUUGAGUUUGGUGUAGUGUUUCAUUCUAUUUUUGUUGGAUUAACAUUGGCUGUUACCAAUGAAUCUUUUACUACAUUGUAUGUAGUCAUUUGUUUUCAUCAAAUGUUUGAAGGCAUGGGUCUCGGAUCGCGGUUAGCAGAAACUUCAUGGGGCGAGAAAAACGAAUGGAUUGCAUGGGCGUUUGCUAUGGCUUUUGCAUUGACCACUCCAAUAGGUAUAGCCAUUGGGUUAGGAGUGCGAAACACUUAUCCUCCUGGCUCUGCUCAUGCGCUUAUCACCAAUGGUGUAUUUGAUAGUAUUUCUGCUGGGAUUUUAAUUUAUACAUCGUUAGUGGAUUUGAUGGGAAUGGAGUUUUUGCAUUCGGAUGAGUUCCAUGAAGCAUCGUAUGGGAGAAUAAUGUUGGCCUUUGGGCUCAUGUGUUUUGGGUGCGGCAUGAUGUCAAUGCUGGGCCGGUGGGCAUAG